GGAAGAAUGAAAUAUCGGCCGCAUGACACGGUUGCAAGCAGCCGCAGAGAAUCGUGCGAUUACAGAACGUGGAGUACACGUGCUUCUUUUAAAUACUCAUAAUAAUGUUGUGUGCGACGUAAAGUUGAAAAAGAUUUCGAAUUUCUACACGGGACUUCUUGAUUUUCGAAACCGUAGUGCCGACUAACCUUCACGAUGAGUACCAUUCUGGAGAAAAUUGCUUCCAUUGAGGCCGAGAUGUCUCGGACUCAAAAAAAUAAAGUCACUUCCGGUCAUUUGGGUCUACUAAAAGCGAGGUUGGCCAAACUUAGACAGGAAUUAAUUACUCCGAAAGGUGGUGGCAAAGGGGGAGAGCAAGGCUUUGAAGUAGCAAAGACUGGAGAUGCUCGUAUUGGCUUUGUCGGUUUCCCUUCGGUUGGAAAGUCUACAUUAUUAAGUACCCUGGCUGGUGUUUAUUCCGAGGUUGCUGCAUACGAAUUCACAACCCUUACUACUGUACCUGGUUGUAUUAAAUAUAAAGGUGCCAAGAUUCAAUUGUUGGAUCUGCCUGGAAUCAUCGAGGGAGCCAAAGAUGGCAAAGGUCGAGGUCGUCAAGUAAUAGCUGUCGCACGCACGUGUAGUUUAAUCUUUAUAGUUUUGGAUGUUCUGAAACCGUUAGGACACAAAAGUCUUAUUGAACACGAACUUGAAGGAUUUGGACUUCGACUCAACAAACAACCACCUAAUAUCACCUUCAGAAAGAAAGAUAAAGGUGGUAUCAACUUACAAACGAUGUGCGCACAAUCUGAGCUUGAUUUAGACACGGUGAAAUCCAUUCUGUCGGAGUACAAAAUUCACAAUGCUGACAUCACUCUCCGGUACGAUGCCACCUCUGAUGAUCUUAUCGAUGUUAUCGAAGGAAAUAGGAUUUACAUACCCUGCAUUUAUCUCCUAAAUAAAAUAGAUCAAAUAAGUAUAGAGGAACUGGACAUUAUUUAUAAAAUACCUCACUGUGUACCGAUUUCUGCUCAUCAUAAGUGGAACUUCGAUGAUCUUUUAGAAAAGAUGUGGGAAUAUUUGCAGUUAGUCAGAAUCUAUACAAAACCAAAAGGUCAACUGCCUGACUAUAGUUCACCCGUUGUGUUAAACAUCGACAAAAGAACCGUGGAAGAUUUCUGUAAUAAACUUCAUCGGUCGAUUGCAAAGGAAUUCAAGUACGCUCUUGUUUGGGGGUCGUCGGUAAAGCAUCAACCUCAGAAAGUCGGGAAAGAUCACGUGUUAGCCGAUGAAGAUGUUGUACAAAUUGUGAAAAAAGUGUGAUUUUACUAUAAAUAUCAAUACGGUAAAGUGAUAUCUAAGAAUGUAAUACAGUUUGUGUUUCUUAAUAAGAAAAAAAUUACUGAGAUUACGAAAGCAAUAAUAUUAUGUGCUACAUCGUUCUUUACAGACGUUUAUAUUUUACAUUUUAUAAAUAGGAUUGAUUCUAGCAUUA